GUCAGAGACUGCAGACAUGAAACAGGAAAAGGUCAGAGACUUUAUACAGGAUACAAGAGAUGGUCAGAGACUGCAGACAUGAAACAGGAAAAGGUCAGAGACUUCAUACAGGAUACAGGAGAUGGUCAGAGACUGCAGAAGGGACACAGGAGAUGGUCAGAGACUGCAGACAGGAUACAAGAGAUAUCAGAGACUGCAGACAGGAGGAUACAGGAGAUGGUCAGAGACUACAGACAGGAGGAUACAAGAGAUGGUCAUAGAUGCUGGGAG